GGUCAGUUUUAUUCUUCCCAUUUUACAGAGAAAGACAAGAAAGGUUAAGUCACAUAGAUGGAACAGGCUGAUGCCAGAAUGGACACCCUCAGCUUCCUCAGCCGCCCCCAGGUUGACUCCAUCACCGAGGGCCAGGGUCCCAGUGCCCCCAGGCUCUAGGAGCUGCUAUUUGGCUGGGGCUCCCAGGAGAAGGUGAAGCUUAAUGAUUUAUGGGUGAUUAGCUGCAAGAAUGCAAACGCAGAAGACACAAACCUUUAUGCCCUGGAAAUCUGUCACAAGCCAACCAGUUGUUUUCCAUCCCUGUGAAGCAGGAGUAAUUGGAGGUCUGACAGAAGAACUUCCCAGUUACCAGAAGGAGCAGCACUCACACACUCUUAGUUUUGUGUGAGGUAUUGCCCCUGCCUUGGUCAACAGUUCGAGUCAGAGAGAGGGGCACUGGGCACAAUCCCCACCAGAGGUUCCCAUUCACAAGACCCCGUGGGGGCUGGGAGAGGCCCUGGGGCAGCAGCCCUGGGGUAACCAAGGGAACAAACACGGAAAACCAGGGACGUCAGUCCUUAUCUGGAGCUCAUUAAAUGGGGAACAUCAGUCAGCUGUGAAGGCUAAGAUAGGGUGAUAGGCACGUGGGUGGGCUGGGAUGGGGCAUGGGGGCAGAGGCCGCCAUGGAGAAGAGGUAUUGGCCUCAACGACUCCACCUCCCCACCACGUGCCCAGAUCCGGGAUGGAAGUACCCUAUAAAUGCCCACAACCCAGCCUCCCCAGAGGCCUUGAGAAAGAGAGCGGUAGAGAGCGAAAGAGAGUGCCCAGAGCCUCCUGGCCCUGAGACGGCCGGGCCAGCCACGCAGGACUCCGCAGCAUGUGGGAGCUCCGCUCCAUAGCCUUCUCCAGGGCUGUGUUUGCAGAGUUCCUGGCCACACUCCUCUUCGUCUUCUUUGGCCUCGGCUCGGCCCUCAACUGGCCACAGGCCCUGCCCUCUGUGCUACAGAUCGCCAUGGCAUUUGGCUUGGGUAUUGGCACUCUGGUACAGGCUCUGGGCCACAUAAGCGGGGCCCACAUCAAUCCAGCCGUGACUGUGGCCUGCCUGGUGGGCUGCCAUGUCUCCUUUCUCCGAGCCACCUUCUACGUGGCUGCCCAGCUGCUGGGGGCUGUGGCCGGAGCCGCUCUGCUCCAUGAGAUCACGCCAGCAGACAUCCGCGGGGACCUGGCUGUCAAUGCUCUCAGCAACAGCACGACAGCUGGCCAGGCGGUGACUGUGGAGCUCUUCCUGACGCUGCAGCUGGUGCUCUGCAUCUUUGCCUCCACCGAUGAGCGCCGUGGAGAGAACCCGGGCACCCCUGCUCUCUCCAUAGGCUUCUCCGUGGCCCUGGGCCACCUCCUGGGGGUAGGUCAUGGCCAUAGGUUCCAGCCUCCCUGGAGGAACAGACACACAGACCACUCCAGAGACAGACACAGAGACCCCAAGAGGGACACAUACACAGAACUCUCAAGAGGAACAGACACCCCAGAGAUCCACUACACCGGCUGCUCUAUGAAUCCCGCCCGCUCCCUGGCUCCAGCUGUCGUCACUGGCAAAUUUGAUGACCACUGGGUCUUCUGGAUCGGACCCCUGGUGGGCGCCAUCCUGGGCUCCCUCCUCUACAACUACGUGCUGUUCCCGCCAGCCAAGAGCCUGUCGGAGCGCCUGGCAGUGCUGAAGGGCCUGGAGCCGGACACCGACUGGGAGGAGCGCGAGGUGCGGCGGCGGCAGUCGGUGGAGCUGCACUCGCCGCAGAGCCUCCCACGGGGCACCAAGGCCUGAGGCCCGUCAGCGGCCUCUACGGCCCCGAUGGACGCGUGUGAGGCCCGAAGCAGAAGGGCCCACCCCGUCCCUCCUCUCCCCCAGGUCUGAAGUUGGCCCCCCAGCGCAGAGUAGCUGCUUCCUGUACGUGCGCGCCGAGGCCAGUGCUGUGAGCAAGCGUAGAGGAGGCUGCCGGAGGGAGCCCUGAGCCUGGCAGGCCCCCUGCCCCGAGGCUGUGAGCAGCCAGUAGUGGAUCCUCCAGCCUUUUGCAGGGAACUGGGAACUUGGGGGACUGAGCUGCGGAGGGAGGCAGGUGGGUGGUAAGAGCGAAACUCUUGAGAGCCUGCACCCAGGUACCGGGUGGGGAGUGUACAGACCCCUGCCUUGGGGGUUCUGGAAAGAGUGCAACUGGUUUUAUUAGUGUGCAAGUGUGUUCAUCCCCGAGUUCUCCUUUGUCCUCACAUGCAGGGUUGUGCAUGCCCCUGAGUGUGAACAGGUUUGCCUACGUUGGUGCAAGUGUGCACGGCUGGGGAAUUCUCACUUCCCCUUGCACCCCUUCCUCCCCAACCUGCAAUAAAUCCACUUCUGCAGUGGAUAAGUGUGGGUGCCAGUCAUCCUCAGGGAAAGGGAAGGAGGCCACUUUGAGAGGGCUGAAGGGGAGGGCCUUGAUUUCCAGCUGCAAUCUGGCUUCUCCUGGAAAAUGUCCCCUACCUGCAGCGCUGGGCCCCAGCGCUUUGGUGACCAAAGAUUUCCUUUCUGUGGUGAGGGAGAACCUCUCCAAAGAGGAAGCAGGCAUAUGAGUGUGCACACCUUCACGUGUGUGUAUGCUGUGUGUGCCCAGGACCCCCGUCUCCAGGGGUGCCCCAGAUCCAGAGAUUAGCCUCCCACUUCGGCAAAGAAAACAAAAGCCCUUUGUGGGACCCGGGCCUUUGUCUUGGGAGAGGGGGAGAUUUGCAACUAGACACUUCUUGAAAGGAGACACUCAGUUUCCCAAGUCAGCCCUCUUGCCCAGCACACACCUAUGGCUGGCUGGGCAAGGCACUCAGGCAUGCAACCAUGGGCACCAGGCAACACCCCUUCAUCACCCAUCUCAUUCUCCCCAGUCCUCGGGCAGCAGCUCCUCCGCCCCAGGAACCUCUGUUCCUUCUCUCUCUGCCUCUCCACAGCCUGUGAUUCCCUGCUUCUGGCUCCUACCACUGAACAGUCAUUGUGGAUAGAGCAGCCUGUUGCGCUCAGGACCAGGGAAAGGAAAUGACUUCUCCAGGCAGAGGCAGAUCUGAGUUUAGAACCCAGGCUUCUAAAUUUCUAGGCCAGUAUGACUGUUCUCAAAUGAGAUUAACCGGGAUUAAGUGAGAUGACGCAUGUAAAGAUGCUGUGUAAACUGUAAUUCUUAAUACCAUUAACACGCAUUACUAGAAUCAUUUUCAUUAUUUCUGCUUCCUGGGGGAAGGAUGCAGAAGGAGUUUGAUGCUCAACAUCCCUUACCUCCUUUCACUGAUGGCCAAAGCAAAGGAGAGUCCUGGGAGCCUGCAAGAUCCAGGCAGAAGGAGAUGGGUUUGGGGCUGGCCCCAUCCUGGUCCAGCCUCUUAACCUCUCCUUACCCUGCAUGUGUGCCCUAUCUUUUCUCCCACCUCCUUCCUCCCACCACCCAGCCCCAUCCAUUCUCUCCUUCCCUCUCCAGCCUGCUGUAUAAGUAAUAUGUGGGUCAUACCUUGAACCCCCCACCCUCAUGCUCUCUGUGGCCUCCAUGCCUUCAAGACUUCUGUCUAUAUCUAGCUCACACUGCACCAAGCACCCACUGUGCACCAGGCACUGAGUCUCUAGCCUCUUUCUCCCUUCUGCUUCCAUCCAAGAAAGACAGUGUAUAAGGAACAUCUCUGUAAUUGUGUCCCCUCUGAUCUAUGCUCUUUACUGUCUUCCUUGACCAAAGCUCUCUUUGAGGUCCAAAAAAGGCUGCCCCAGGCCAUAGGUGCUAUGGAGAGGACUCUCCCAAACCCCCAAUAGCUAGUGACAGCCACUUGGCCUCACUACCAGAAGAGUGGGGGGGUCAGAAACCGAAGUGACCUCCACAGCUGUCCUCCUGGCACCUGAGUGUCCUUGCUCUAGAGGUUCAAAGGCAGCAAGGCAGUGAGCUAUGAGCCCAUCAUGGAUGUGUCUCAGGCACCUCGUCCCCACCCCACCUACCCCAACAAACUCCUCUAGAAGAAGCCAAGAAUUUAUCUCUAUGUCUGUUUCACUUCUUGGAUUGCAUCUCCCCCAAAACUAAAUGUGAAAUCCCUACCACUUCCAGCUUCUAUUGCCCAUUGGGGUCAGAGGUCAAAAAAGGAUUCCAAGUGAUGGAACUCCAGGAGUGAAGGGAAAUUGGCAGUUCCUGGCAUCUCUUGUGUACCAGCUGCUGUGCUGGGUGCCUUGCAUGCAAGGGUUCAUCUAAUCUUCCUCAAACUUCUGAUAGGUUAGGGAAGGACAAAGGCCCCCAGCCAUAAAGGGUUUUGCUAUUUCCAAAGCUUCCCCUUAUCGUCCCCUGUGAUUAUCUCCCAACCCUGUGACAAAGGUAGAGCAAAUAUUGUUCUUCCCAUUUUACAGGUUCAGAAACCAAGGCUAAGAGACUGGUCUAAAGUCUCACAGGUAGUGUAUAGUGGAGCCAAGACUUGAACUCAGAGCUUUUUACGCAAAAUCCCAUGAUUUUUCCACUGAGGCAAAUCCUAGGCUCCUCCUGGGAGGCCCUUGCAGAAGCCAGAACACAUGGCUGGACCUUUCCAGCCCAACCCACUGUCUUGCAGUGGACAGAGAACCUUGGCAAGGGCAGCAAGGUAGACAGGACAAAGAACGUGGGGCUGGUUUCUGCCCUUGAAGAGCACCUGGUUAGUCAGAGAACAGGGAUCACUCACACCAAACCAUACAGGCAGGGCAGCGUGGAGACAGGUGGACAGACCUCCAGGUCCCCAAGCUGGGCACAGAGAAGGUUGUGAGCUGUCCCAUGCUCCCACUUUGUGCCAAAUGAUGUUGCACCUGCAAAUGGUGCUUCAAUGUUGUUUUGUAUCUUUAAGCUGUGAUGUUGUAUAUAUAUGAUGCCUCCUAGCUAGACUGUAAGCCCUUUGGGGACAGGGCUGCUUUCAGUUCUUAGAUGGCAUUCUCCUAUCUACCUUCCUUCAACUGCUCUGCAUAUAAUAAGCACUCAAUAAAUGCUCAUUUGCCAAUAA